UGCGGCGCCCGCCAAAACCUCCCCACGAAGCACGAGCACACCACGUCCACACGCGCGGCAGCAGAGCACAGCCGAGCGCCCGGCCGACGACUCGCAGCAGCCCAGCCGAUGGCGUCGCUCACCAUGAUGGCGUGCUUCGCCGCCGUGGCGGCGGCCGCCCCCUCGCGCCGCGGCAGCCUCGCGGUCGCCAGGGCCGCCAAGGUUGAGCGCUGCCAGGAGCCUGCCAGGCUGGCGGCCGAGGAGGCGGAGGCCCGGCCGGCCGAUGGGCGCCGCGCCGUGAUGCUCGCGGCCGCGGCCGCGGCCGUGGCAGCCAUCGGCGGGGCCGGGGCUGCGUCGGCGGAGCCCAAGAAGGGGACCCCAGAGGCCAAGAAGAAGUACGCGUCCAUCUGCGUCACCAUGCCCACCGCCAAGAUCUGCCACAACUGAGGGCGCGAGCGCGUUGCAGUGACGCCGGGGGCGGUAAAUAUAUGUACGGGUUUAUCUCUUGUCCAUUAAUUCGAGCUUAGAUGCGUGAGGCCUCCGCUUGGUCGCCAUGGACGGUCUCAAAGUUGUAAUGCCAUUGCAAACUCGAGGACAAAACCGUUCUUGUUCCUUUA